UCCCCCUCCCAGGUGACGUCACGCGCCCCGGUUUCCUCUUGAUGGUGAUGCUGCUCGCAGAGCAGAAACAAUGCAGGUCGGUUGAAUGGCCGAUAUAGCAGCACUUUGGACACCUUUGUGGCAUUAAAGAGCUUUGGUCGCCUCGUUCCUUCGGAUUCCUGCCAGAGCUGAAGAUCAUGGAGCUCACCAGUCAGUCGGUGAGCGAUCUGUUCCUUUCAAAAGGAGAUCUGUCUCUAUCCUUGGAGCACGUGAAUCCUGCAGGAACGACAUUAGAUCACACAGUACAGGACAUCACCACCCAGAUCAUUGGCCUGGGCGAGGGCAAACUGGACCUUUAUGUCCCGUCGGAGGCAAUAAUCGAACCAAUAUCCCCGGCGGAGGAAUUGCCGGAGGAAAGCGCGCUUGCAUAUGAGGCUGCCGAGGAGGAAAUCGUUAGGUUGGAUGGUCCUUUAGAUGCAGGGAUGCCAAAUGAGAUCAUAGGCAUGGACUGUUCGGGGUCCGACUCAAAUCCCUGCGAAGCGCCAGAAGAUUUUGACCCUACGGUUCCUGGAGAGAUGGAAAUCGCUAAAGAGGAUGUGAGUGCCAGAAAGGCAAUCCCGCCAAAGAAGGAUAGAAUGGAACCACUCAAGAUGGACAUGACGAAGUCUACGGUGAUCCCCUUGACUUCGUCUCAGCUCUCGCUGCAGUGUUUGGAGUGCCACAUCAUCUUCAGCGAUGACAAGAGCAAGCAGCGUCACCUCAAAAUGAACCACCCAACUGAGUAUGAGCAGUGCAUGCUCGGGGAUUCGCUGUUCGCCUGCUAUGUGUGCGAUCAGCAUUUCACCUGCUCUACGGAGCUCAUGGCUCAUCAGCGCUCUCACACAGAGAAGCAGCCUUUCAAGUGCCCCAUUUGUGGAGAAUCCUUCAGUCGAUCGACUAAGCUUACAAGCCAUAAAAAGGUACACUACAACAAGCAGGGUUAUACCUGCUCGGAUUGCGGCAAGCUCUACAAAACCUUUACUCUGCUUAAGUACCACCAGCGCAUACACACCGGAGAAAAGCCAUAUGUAUGCUUGCAUAAAGACUGUGGCAAGAGGUUUAUCAUGCCCAAAGCCCUGCAGAAGCACCUGGAAGCACAUCAAAAGGACGAGAUCGGGGGUGUCGAUUGUUUGACAAAUACUUCAUGCAAAGCAAAGAGAAGGAGGAGUAAGGGUACAUCCACUAGGAAAUAUGAAUGCUCACAAUGUAAUGAAUCGUUCAAGACGGCCAAAUCACAGUUGCACCACAAUAGGAUAAAGCACUUACAGUGCUCAUUCGUUAAGCCGUCCAGUGUUGUGGCAACAGGAAGCCCAUCUCUGACUGAUGUAGUUCAAUUACCCCUACCACACAUAGAAGCCAUUGGACCAACAGUGCAGCAAAUAAGUCCACUUGGAGUCGAACAAAUUAAAAGACUAAUAGAGAAAAUGGGAAAUGUCCAGAAAGUAAAUCAACUGGUAAUUUUUGGACUUGAUCAGGUACCUUUUCAGGCAGAAAAUGCUGGAAAUCAACACCCACAGGGACUCAUCCAACAGUUGCAUUUUGAUUUCACACAGCCAACAGAUCAAGAAGUUGUACUGCAGCCGGCAGAGAACAGGAUAGGGCAUGAAGGAACAGCGUCAACUGGAACUGAGCAAGACACAUUGUUAGAAUCGAUCGCCAUCGAGGUUGCUGAUGAACAAAAGAAAACUGUGGAGAAAAAUGUGGUCCAGGCAACUAUUUGUGCAGAGUGUCCAGAAAAACAGGUGAACGUCAUAGAAUCAGACUUGACAGGAGCACAGUUGAAUGGGAUUCAGUAUGAACUUCUGACUGAAAAAGACUUUUUACCUCCUGAGUUGGAGGCCAGUCAUAAACUUAUGCUUACAACAGACAUGUUGCAGAUUCAAAAUGCAAUGGAUGUCAAAUCUCCGGAAUCGCUGAACAAUCCAUCUUUGGCGUUCAUAACCGAGUUUGAAAGUAGAAUGGCGAGUGAGAAGGAAUUUGAGAUCAACCCGACAGACAUCACAGUUUUAGGGAAGGACAACACUAAUGCAGAGCCGUGUCAAAAGGACUCAGAGGUGGCUGAUAUAUUAAUGGAACCUAUGACCCAAACUGUGGAGGGGAAUGUAGAUAACUCCGAUAUGACCAGUGCAGAUCCUCCGAAUCAACAGCCAUCUGCGGCAAAAGGUUUUUUAGUAGAACCCGAGCCGCAAACUGAGCAAGAGGCUCUAGAUAAACUAGAUGAGACCAAUGCUGACACAGAGUCUCAAUGUCAAAAGACGAUGGAGGCAACAGAUUCAUUUGUAGAACCUCAGCCAAAAACUGAGCAGGUAAAUCCUAACCUUGAUCGGAGUCAGGCGAUUGAAGAUAAGUUAGACCAACAGCAUUUAAAGGAAAUUUGCUCAUCAGAGGAUCUGAUGAUUAAACCUUCUCUUCUCAAACCACCCAAUCAAGAAAGUUCUAUCUCAGAGGAAGCACCCUGUAGUAAAUCCAGUGUACAACAAAGCGAAGUGGAAACUAACAACCAGAAUCCUUUGGCAGAAGAUUCGCCAUACAUUAAGAAAAUGCUUCCCGUAAAAAAGAAAAGUUCUAAAAAGCAGUUGAAAAAGCAGUCCCAGUACUCUGAACCUCAGGAUGAGGCUACAAAAGGUACAUUGUCUAUAACAAAGAAUCAGAAAAUUGUAUCAAAGUCCUCCAAAAAACAAGAGAAGACAAAGAAGCAUUUUGGAAAUAAACAAAACAAGAAAAAUAAUUCUAAGCCCAAACUGUUGAAUAUAUCCAAAAACAGUCUAUAUAAAGAUCAAGAAGACAUAGAUCCUGGAAAUGUGCCUGUUGUUUCACACACUGAGAUAGGAAAAUUUAAACAUAAAAAUAAAAAAGGAAGGAAAGCCGAAAGGUCUGCUGGUCUCAUCCAGGCCCUUAGUCUCCCCUGUGAACAAAAACUUGUGAAAGUGCCGGAGCAAGCACACCGAGGGAAACCCCGGAAAAGGAAGUUUGAAAACCAGAGAGAUUUGGUGAAGAAAGGAAUGUCUGCGCAGGAGACCCAGCAAGAUGAAAACCCUGUGCCAAAGAAGAAAAAGUCAGGCAAAAUUCCUGAGGCAGUUACCCAAAAGAAAGCGAAGAGUAACGUCAAAGUAAAUAAAGCAAAUAGGAAAAGCCACAAGCUGGCGAAGCAGCGGAAGAAAGAUAAAGACAUAUCAGACACCCCAAUCGUAGACCAAAUAAAGGAACAGGCCUUGCUUCUGCUGAAAGGUCACAAGCAACCACAGCUGAAGGUGCACAAGUUGGAUGCUAAGACUACAGGAUUAGACCACCAACUAAUACAAAAGUGUCAAUCCAAUGAGAUUUAUGGCCAUGAGACUACAGUGGAGCCAGCAAAGGAAGGGCUACAAAGUAAAUCAGCAAGCCAAAAGAAGAAGAAACCAAAAACAAUGGGGAGGAAAUCCAAAGUAGAUUCAAAACAAGCAUCUCACUUGCAGACAUCUCCUAUUAACAGUGACUUAUUAGCUCCUGGUGCAAAACAAAAAGUUGCAAGGAAGCGUAAAGGUACUGCGAAAAUCGAUCAGGAAAUUGCAUUAAGUCCUCCCUAUUCUCACCUGAUAAUCGGAUGCCAUGAUUGUGGGAAGAGCUUUUCGGAGGUGUCUGCUUUGCAAGAGCACAUGGCAUCAAUGCACUCCGGACAUGGAGCCCUCUCGUCUAUCGUACCAUGCGAUGCUUCUGAAAUCCCCAACGUUAGCCUAAGGCCGAACGAAAUAAUGCUUACAAAUACAGUCCUCUCGAGCGGCUUCGAAAUACGCGUACCGACAGACUGGGAUGUAGAGUCAGAAAUGAGAGAUAUCGGUUUGGGGGAUGAACAAAGGAAUGAGCACAGGCUUUCAUUUCCAGCCCUCAAUCCUUCCCCUUCUUUUCCAAUGACGACACCUUUUGUUGAAGUAGAAGGUAAACAGGAUGGGGCUAAAAAUCACGAGGCUCCGGUUCGACUUAAAAAGGCGGUUGGUAAAAAAUCUGAAACAAAUAAAACUAAGCUUAAGGAACAGGAGAACAUGGGUGUUCCUUUACUUCUUCCAGCCUCAUUGUCUGAGCCAGAGAAAAUCAUGGAUGGACAUUUAGUCACUGUUGAGGCUCAAAAUGAAGGCGAUUCCCAUGUAUCCACUAAGGUACCCAUCCUCUCCCAAAAUAACUCCCACAAGGUUUCUGAUGCACAGGAAGUGGAAGCAAGCCACACCACGAUCGGUCACAUUCCAUCAUUUACUCCGAACCAGCUGUCUCCAAAUCCUGUCAAUGCAGCGUCCACUUCUAAUCCUGGCUCUUACUUUGAACGAUCAGAGAUUAAGCAGGAGGCAGACGAGUUAUUGGUUCAGACGGUAGCGAGCCAAACAAACACUUCUAUGACAAGAGGUAGAAGAGGACGAGGAAGCAAGGGUAGGGGGAGGAGACAACUGGGAAAAAGGCGUUCUGCUGAAAACAAACACCCAGAAGAACUGGUGGCCAGUGAAGAAGACUGUCAGGUCGUCUUUGAGCUUUAUUCACUCACAGGUACCAGUGAGGAAAAGAACGAGGAAAUCAUCCAAAACCAAAAAGACACCUCAGUUAACGCUACUGCAUCUUCCCCACGCUCAGCCUCGACGGAGUCUUUAGAAGUUCAGGAAGUAUGCUUGUUGCCUCAGCCUGUUAAUGCCAGUGCUUCGGAGACAAAAUCAAAAAAUGGUUCCCUACGUCAGAAGUCUGGAGAACAUGACAAGAACUGUAGUCUCUCCACUAGCUUAAGGAAGAGGAGAAUCAUCUCUGUACAGUGCCAGAGUGGAAUGACAGGACAGUCCGAUCAUGGAUUAACCUCUGCUGGAACUUCAGCUGACGUGAAAAUGGAAGCCAGUCCAUCUGUCCUCACACCCCAUGAUGUCCCGGUGAAUGAUGGAGAUUUUUUGCAAGGAGUUCAAAUGAUUUUGGUAAAAGCAGAAGAUCAGCAAAUUUCAAACGAUCCCCACGUUUUACAGGAAGCUCAGCAUAUACAAAUGAACCACAAUGCAUGUCAAGAAAAGCACCUGGACUGUUCCACAGUUGGAAUUUCCUCUGGCUCACCAACAGCCACUCAGUCGUCUACUGCCAAGCAGUGUAUUUUCUACCCUGUAAAGGAGGAGGAGGGGGAGAUGUUGGUAGAGCCACAAGCUAAUAACCAAGAGACCACAGGUUCAGAGGGAUCAGAAGAGAGGACAGAGCCAUGGGGUACAGCUGGAUUAGAGGAGUGUCAGAUCAGGAUCGGAUGCACACAAAUGGAAGUGCACCAUAAUAUAUAUUCCAGCACUGAAGAGUGCAAUGCUGAUGCUGAGCAGCCGAGAACCGAAGACAUCCUUGAAUUCCUUUCCCAAACGUCAGACCGGGAGGACUAUGAAGGUGUCCAUUUUGAGCCAGAAGCAGAAACUCACAUUUUAUCUUGUUACUGUGGUAUCUAUGCGAAUGGAGCAGUGCGACCAUGUGAGAUGGGCAACGCUGAGCAGCAUGCAAACAUUUCAAAAAAUACAGGUUGUCCUGAGGCAGAAGACCAGCAGACGGGCAGUAAAGAGCAUUGUGAGCCCAUUGACUACUUCGUUCAGUAUUUUAGUUGGAAUAUAUGGAAGGAUAUUGCAGUCUGCACAGGGCAAGUGUCCAAAUUGGCAAAGCCUGUUACUAAAGAGGAGGUAGCCCAUUUUGUGGGAAUCCACAUUGCAAUGGGAACCCUAAAGUUUCCAAGUAUGAAGCUGUACUGGGACGAUUUCACACGAGUGCCACUGAUUGCUGAUGCCAUGUCUGCGGCCAUGUUUUCUGAACUUGCAUCUAAUCUAAGAUUGGCCAGUCUUGAAGAAGAUGGGUUGAACCAGAACGGACAGAAUGCACAAGAGGAUCAGGGGACACGCAAUUGCAACGAGGUUUUGGUAUCAAAGAAAGAUCCUCUAUGGAAGGUUCAGGCGAUAGUGAACAGAGUUCGAGAAGGGUGUCAAGCGCUUCAGCGAAACGGAAAUUAUGGCGUUGACCAGUAUCCCCUCCCUUUUCAGAAACACCCAACACACUCAUUACAUCAUACAGUCGUGAUCAAUGCAGCUGGGUUGGUCGUGGAUUUUAGCCUGCGUGUCAAUGACUGCAACAGGGAGGAAAUCGUUAAGAGAAUGGUUGCUCGAGAGAAAAGUGACCAUCAAGGAAUGGUCUUCCUUUGCAAGCCAGAGCUUUCAACACCUUCCAUGUUGGAGCACCUGCUCGAAGCAGGGGUGCGCAGUGCCGGCAAAGUCGGUGGUGCUAGGGGGCAAAUAGGUGAUGAGUUUGUCACUUCUGAUGGGAAAUUAAAACUGUUCAGAUGCCAUCAUGGCUUUAUCCUGUCAGCAGUGACGAAGGAAAAGUCCCGCUCGACAUCGCUCGUCAGUGGCUUUGAGAGGGCAAUCAAAGCUGCCAAUUUGAACAGGGAUUUGAGGAGCCUUUAUCGCACACCAUGCACAAGCUUGUUACCCAGUGCUUGGCCACAGUCUGUACUUUGGGACCUUAUUGAUCUGGCAUUAGUUAAUUCUUGGCUCCAGUACAAGCAAGAUCAAAACCACCUUUCAGAACCCCUGUCACUGAUGGCAUUUCGACUGGAAGUUUCGAAAGCUUUAAUCCGCUCCACCAAUAUUGCAGUGCAAGACUCCUCACCCCCGUAUCUUCCUCCACCAACACGGCCUGUAUCUAAUACAUCCACAGAACGUUCGGAUGUCUUUGAGACACCUUUACCUGAUGCAGCCACGCGAUACGACGGAUUGGGCCACUGGCCAGAACAACUCUCCGAGGGCGAGGAGGCCAGGUGUAGGUUUGGGGGUUGUGAGCAAAUGUCAAGAGUACGUUGUCUCAAAUGCUGCGUUUUUCUCUGUAUUUCUCGCAAUCACAAUUGCUUCCUGAAGUUUCACAGCCAAGGAACUACAUGAAUCUCCUCAGCUGCUCUCAUUGUAGGUCAUAAGUUCAAUGAGUUUUAUUCUUAUUUAUCCUCAUGAUUGUUUGCUCUGUCCUAAUUUUGUUUAAAACAUGCAAGCAUGUUGUUCCACAGGCUGAUUUAUAGUAAUGGUACAGGGCUGUACAUGUCAGUUUGCCGGAGAGUCGUGGAUCAUUACAGCUGUGUAAGCUUAACCCUGACACACACUAGGUCCGAAUGAUAACGCCCCUCAUGAAAAAAACUCAAGAAGCGAUUUUGCACAGUUUGUAUGUUUUUACACUUUAAGUAUACAACAAUCGUUUACAUAGGGAAUUUUGCCGCUUGUGUAAAUUAUUAUAAUUUUUUACUUUCAGGGCCCCUUAUUCCCCCCUGCUAUAGCGGCCCUAUCUAGUACAUUUAUAAUUUAUUUUUAAUUAUUGCCCCCACAUAGCUACACUAUUUGAAACUGAUUUGAUAUUUCUGUAUUAUAUAUUACACUAAUUGAACUGAGUGUUGAGUGCACUCAAAAAACAUGUAGGUCAGAAAUCCUUUCUUAGCAGAAUUUUACACUUUCAGGGCUACAACAAAGGUGUUUGCUUAAUAAUAAUAAUACUAAAUGUAAUAAUUUAAGUUUUAAACAUGCGUGUUUUUAUAUUUUAAUUCGCUGUCGUAAUAUUUUUUUAUCUUAUUUAUGUUGCUUGAUGAAACCCAUUUCCUGUAAGAAUUUAGAUUUAUACUGUAAAUUAUUUCAGACAACUAUGUCAGUUUUUAGUUUAUUUUAACCAUCAUUGCACUCCGUUUGUUUUUUUGUUGUUUGUUUUAUAAACCCAGACCCACAUUUUGUACAAAAAAAAUGUCAUUGUACAGUAUGAACUGUCCACAGAUUUGAGCUGUGGUUAUUUUUUUUUUUAUUAUUAUUCCUCUGAUAUAUGGUCGAUGUCAGUGGCGAAUGUAUAGUGCCAGUUCGGCUUUGAGUUUUGAAUUAAAAAUGUCUUGUGUUAUGUUCUUUUUUUGGAAUGAGUUGAUUGUUCAGUAAAGAAUGUGAAUUGUA